AUGGCUGACUGGCCACACCCCGAACUGGCUCGCUCCGACUCUCUCCCUGUCUCGUCUUUGCCAUAUGCAUCCGCACAACUGCCUCCUAGUGCCUACACACAGUGUCCCGCUGCCAGGAUUAAUGCUUCCGAAGUUUGUGAAGAUAUAGAGAGAAUUGAUGUCAAAAUAUCUGCCAACCUUACUCAUCUCGUUUGCGACAACCUUCAGAAUCUCAGUCAUGUUAAUAGUACCUUUAUAAUUCAAGCCUUGGAAUUCACCCUGAGGAAAAAAUAUGACCUUCCACCCAAUAUAGUGAGAGUUCUUCUAAAUCAAGUAAAUGGGGAAGAGCUGAUCAAUGCCCUGGAGAAAUUUAAUGAAAAGAUUGUGAACUCUUCCCUAAUUUCCAAUCAAGCAAAAACUGCCAUAUUGCGAGCUUUGUGGGAUGAGAAGCUAAGAAACGAAGAUCGUUUCAAUGAGACCGCCUUUGUGACUUCCUGGUUCCAGAAAAGACUUCGCCUUUUUAUCUCGGGAAUUUCACCAGAGAUGCUCCAGUGUCUUCACAAUGAGACCAUGCAGUGUGAGCAAUACCAGGCAAUGUAUGUGAUGGGACUAUUAAUCUUUUGUUCAGUUGUGACUGUUCAGUUAUUCCCAGGAUUGCAUAAUACCUGCUAG